AUGAGCAACCACAUUAGCAAAGUCGCUGGAGAUACUCUCAAUCGCCCUUCAGCACCGGUGAAGAGGCUAAUGUUGGCGGACGAGACAGUAGCAGAGGGAAGACUAAGGCUUAUGCUCUGGGUUGGGCUAAGAGACCCGUCGUCUAUGGUAAACAGUGGCGACGGCGACGAAAAUGUGUUGCCCGAAGGAACCACUGUCGCAUUCGUCGAAGGAGGGUUUAUGGCGGAGACGCUGUGGCUGGAAAGGGGAGGAAUAGUCGACCCGGAAGUAACAUUGGCUGCGAAUAGAUUUGGAGAGCCGCAGGGGGUGACAGAGGUGCUGGCGGCCGUCAGAUUGACAGCUGUAAAGCCGUAA